UCGAUUUCCGUUUUUUUUCUCAUUUAUUUUCCCCCAAACCGACGCCAUCCCCUUUUCUCCCCUCUCAACCCCACGUCGUCGCCUCUCCAAUUCGCCGACUCCCUCAUGAACCGAUCUUUCCAAAAAACCUAAAAAUUUGCUCCGAGUUCUUUAGAUUUCGUUAGUUUCUGGCUCGAUUGUUUGGGAUUUGAUCGGAGAUGGCGGAUGUCGACACUUGACUCUGAAUCGUGGCUGUUUCUUGUUGAUUCUACAGAGCCAAAGAAACAGCCUGAGGCUAUGUUUUUCCUGAAUUUCAGCAGUGAACAAUUUGAGGCCUUCAAGUCUAAGUAUCUUGAGGUGGCCUCAACCUUCAAAGGAAAUGGUAUAAGCUUUCUGAUUGAAGACCUUGAUGCCAGUCAAGGUGCUUUUCAGUAUUUCGGCCUUAAAGAAGACCAAGUACCUCUUGUUGUCAUACAAGAAAAUGAUGGGAAGAAAUAUCUUAAGCCAAACGUGGAACCUGAUCAGAUAUCCAACUGGUUGAAGGAGUACACGGAGGGCAGCUUAAAACCAUUCAGAAAAUCAGAGCCAAUUCCUGAGGUUAACAAUGAACCUGUCAAGGUGGUGGUUGCUGAUAACCUGCAUGAUGUGGUUAACUCAGGGAAAAAUGUUCUAUCCGAGCUUGAACCGGUCAAGAUGUUGCAUGAAAGGAAUAUGUACAGGUAUGUACCGGAUUUUGUUCCUAUUGAUGAGGUAGUUCUGUUAGAUACACCUCAGAUUUUUUUUAGUCCAUCGGUUAGCCUUCUCGCCGUCCCACGAUCUUCCAGUCGUCUUCCUCUCCGCCGAAGCCAAAGAGUCCAUCGGUUAGCCUUCACUCCGUCCCAGGAUCUUCCAUUCAUCAAUUUGCAAAGAUGACUAUUUAUGCCCUAAUCAUCAAUGCGACGCCUACGCAUUCAUAUCCACAAUUUUCAGAAUUUGGGCAUUCAGGAAGGUAUUUCUUCUUCUUCUUCAAUUCUCUAUACAAAAACCUAGAUCUAAGCGUUAGUUCUGCUCAAUUCUCCCUAUUCCCUUAAGUUCUUAAGUCCUCUCAUUUUGUUCUAAUUUAGCCCUAAUUCUCCGCAUUCACCUACUUAUUUUACUCAUUUUGAAACUUCUGCUAUUUGUGGAGGUGCUAUUUUGCAAGCUUCCGGUUUGUUUAGUGUGAUCUUAGAGUAAGUAGAUGUGCUACUAAAAAUAACAGAACAUGUUGCUUGUGACAUUUGAUUCAAUUACAUCUUAUACUACAUACAUGGAGCAUGCUUUUAAAAUAUUUUUUUAAAAAAUGAGACUGAAUAUAAAAAGCACCAUUUCUUUCUUCUAGAGGUCAUCCUAUAAUAGCUUAUUAUCUGGUCCUUUAUUAUCUUAAUGUUCUAGAUUCUUUUUUAAUGAAAGCAUUGAGAAAUAUACUGUUUUAUGCAAAGAAGAAGAAAGAAACACGUAUAAAUGCAGCUAUGGACCUAUAACAAACUUCUUUCAUCCGACUGCACGCAUGCAUAUUUACAUCCCCAUCUAUGUUCGAUUACCAUCCAGAGUUCCCCCAAACACUUCAGUAGAAUACUACCUCCCUUGUAUCAGAGAGAUUGAGUUAUAUAACAAAGUGUUUGAGGGAACUCCCGGGGAUAAGCAACAUGUUUGUAGUAUUCAUCAAGUAAUUCCAAACCUAUGAGGAAAAUGUUGAUUGCCCGCCAGAGUUCCCCCAUACACUUCAAUAUUAGAGACGAAACGUCCUCAAUAUAUACUUCGGAUAUCUUUAUUGAAGUGUUUGAGGAAAUUCCAGAGGACAACCAACUUAUUAAAG